AUGGUGGACUUAAUUCAGGAAAGAAAUCGCAUCAAAAUUGCACUUCGGGAGGGACAUCAAGACGGCCUGUUCCGGUUAUCCUUGCGCAAGCCUCCUAAAUCAUCAUCAUCGUGUUCCAAUAGAAAACGUUCUCGAAAGGUGUCAGAAGCAGCUGCUGAUGGUGCCCUGGGAGCCGCGGAGUCCGACGCGUCGCUCGCGUCGGACUCCACAGGGAGUUCCGUGGAAGGAACAGAGCAUGCGGAGUUUCGUCGAAGUCCGAGGCGACAGCAGCUUCUGCGCCUGUCCUUGACAGAGUUGGCGCUGGCGCGCCACAACCCUCAGCGUCUCAGCGCAGAAUACGUCAUGUGUUUCUAUAAAGUGCGGCGCGAGUUUGGGAGUGAGGGAAUCGACCGACGGCGGGUGAUCGAGUGCAUGCGCAUCUGGCAGCAUUUGAGCGUCCUGGUCGGCGGCGACGUCACCUGGGGCAUGGCGGACAAAGUGGGGAGGUCCAUGGGCAUCUCGGCGGUGGACGUGGAGGACACCGCCUCAGUCGCCCUGGGGCCGACCCGAAGUCGACGGAAGGGCCGGGCCCAGGAGGAGGUGGCGAUCCUGGUGAGGCUGGUGGACGAGGUGAGGACCAUGCCGGACUACAAAAUCCUGGCACGGACGCAGGACGAGAGCGUGCCCACGUUUUUGGGUCUGCUGGCGGGGGAGCGGCUGGUCCAGGUCACCAAUGCGGCCUUCGACCGGGCGCCGGGAGGAUCAUGA